GAUAUUUAACCCGAAAACACGUCAUAUUUGUGGGUCGAGACGACACCAUACGAGACGGCACAGCACGACGUCUGAUUGCAUGGACGGCAGUUGGACCAAUAUUUGAGUCACUCGUAUCCAUAUCGGUGACCAGAAGGUGUUACAAAGCCUUCAAGAUACCGGCGCUGUCUAUAUAAUCUGCUCGUCUCACGUCAACAAAAACAACAUAAAAAUGGUCGACGUCUCUCCAGAAUCACUGCAGCAAUACAUUGGCCGCCCGGCCGAAGAGCUCCCUACUCCCGCCUUUGUACUCAGCAAACCGACCGUGGAACGAAACUGCCAGAGACUUCACGAUGAUGUGCGGAGGUUGGGCAUUGGAUUUCGUCCUCAUGUCAAGACUCUGAAGUCCGAGGAAGUCAUCAGAUUAAUGCUUGGCGGCGCCAAAGGGUGCGUGGCAUCGACGUUGAGAGAAAUCCGGGGCUUGCUUCCAUUGGCAAGAGAGGGUCUCCUGGAAGAGGUCCUCUACGGCGUCCCCAUCCGUCCUUCAGCCCUCCCCGCUCUUCAAGAAAUCUCCAAAACGAUCAAAACUCUCCUCAUGGUCGAUAACAUCACGCAAAUCGACGCCGUCGAAGCCUUCUCCGCCGCCAACUCCGUCGCCCACCCUUGGCACAUCUUCAUCAAAGUCGACAUCGGAGCCGAGGACCGUCGCGCGGGCAUCACACCGACCUCGCCGCGAUUGGCGGACCUCAUCGCCCGCGCCAUUGCCUCCCCUGCCAUCACGAUCGACGGCUUCUACGCCCACGCCGGGCAUUCGUACGACGCGCGUUCGGUCGCUGCUGCUGCAGAGGUCUUGCACGCCGAGUGCGAUGCCGCAGUUUCGGCCGCUGCACAGCUGCCUGCGUCCAUGUCCGACACACCCAUUACCAUCUCCUUCGGCGCGACACCCACCGCGCACGUCGUCGGGCAGCUGAAGCAGAAGCUCCCUCCUCAUUUGCGCCUCGAGCUGCACGCCGGGAACUUCGUUGCCAAUGACCUGCAGCAGCUGGGUACGGGCUGCAUUGAGGCGGGUGACAUGGCUGUGCGCGUUCUGGCCGAGGUGUGCUCCAUCUACCCGGAGCGGAACGAAGCGCUGGUGAACGCGGGCGUGAUUGCACUGGGCCGAGAGCCGGGGCCGAUUCCGGGGUAUGGACGGGUGGAGGGGGCGGAGGAAUGGAUCGUGGGGAAGGUGAGUCAGGAGCAUGGGAUCCUGCGGCCGGUGGAGGGGGCGAAGAUGAAGGCCGAGGAGAGUUUUGCCGUGGGGCAGAAGGUGUUUUUGUACGUUCAGCAUGCGUGCAUUGCGGCGGCGGCGCAUUUUGUGUAUUUUGUCGUGGAUGAGAAGGAUGUGGUGAGGGAGAUUUGGCAGCCUUGGAAGGGAUGGUAGCGGGUCGGACAGGAGAUGCUGGUUCAAGAUCUUAUAAGUAUACGAGAACGCUCCUAUGGAUUACUUCUUACACGGACCUAGGAUUUGCAUUCGUAGCUAAAUAUGUCACUCCUGAGGGUAUGU